AUGGCCAUAAAACAGUUGGAUAUUUUUCGAAAAAACCAUAAAGUUAAUUUAGGUCUAAGUAGUUCUGAUAUCAAGCAAAAAGUUAAACAUAAUGUAAAGGAAGUGGAGCAUUUUUCAAACAUUGAAGAAAAUAGCCUACAAGCGUAUAUAACUCAGUAUAAUUCCUGUAAUAGUAUCGGCAUUAACAUCACCAUUAAUAACAAUUUUCCAGACACUACCGCUACUUUACGUACUAUUAUUAAUGACAAAAAUGGUUGGCGCAGAUUUCAUAUACUACACUUAUUGCCAACUAUGAUUCCUGCAACGUCAUUGAUUAUUCACUCAUGA